CUGAUUCAUUCUGGUCUCCUCGCGUCUGCUUGCGUUUACAGUGCACUCUUGACGAUGACGAAUGUUUUCUUUUCGCCCCGCGCGUAUUGCAAAAUUAUUUUACACGCAGCUAAAUAUCCGCAUUGUGCAAUAAAUGGCCUGCUGCUUGGCAAACAAAAGAACAAGGACGGCAGGGCGGAUCUAUACAUCGAGGAUGCGAUACCUUUAUUCCAUAUAUGCCUACACGUUUCCCCAAUGGCGGAAAUAGCACUUACUUUGGUGGACCAGUUAGCCGCAAGCAAAGGCCUUAUACUAGCGGGUUAUUACCUGGCCAACGAGAAUAUAAAUGAUUUAAGUACAGACAGACCAGCCCAUAGAAUAGCGGAUAAAAUUGCAGAGAACUUCAACAGUGCGUUGUUGAUAGUGGUGGAUAAUCGAGAAGUGACUUUAGGUAUGGGCUCGAGUCCAUUGAGAAUUUCACAAUCUGUAGAGGGGAAAUGGAAGCCAAAGGAUAAGGCAAAUAUAAUUUAUGAGGAUGAUAUUGCACACACAGAUGCAAUGUAUUCGUUACUAAAGGCAGAGGAGUAUAGGAAUCUGAUCGAUUUUGACAACCAUCUCGAUAACAUUGCUCUUGAUUGGCAAAAUCAGAAAUUAAAUAAAAUAAUCGACGAGGCUGUCGAUAAACACACAUAGGAGACGACAAUGCAACCAUUCCACACACAGUUCAUACAAAGAUUGUUUUAUUUAUGUUGCACUCUAUCUAUAUUUCAUUCACUAUAUGCGAAGUAAACAAAUGUACA